AUAGCCCUCCGGCUUCAACAUGUAAGUGAGACGUGGUACCAAUCUCAGAGUCUACUACUAGGUACCUACAUGAGCAUGUUGGACAAGCAAUACCAAGUAUCAAUAUGAUAUACCACUUCAGCAGAAGUAUGUUCAUCGAUUUUGGUUGAAGCUUAUCUCCAUACCUAAGUAGCUACAUAUCCAAGUGGAGCCUUUGAUACAUAUUGUAGAUCAAGAUAUGUAAGGUAGAGGAGUCCUGACUCCGUUUUCAUCUUGGUUCUCCUACAACUUUUACAUGCGAGGCGAUCUCAUCUACAGCCAUACAAUAUUUAGAAUUCUGGCCUAUCAGUUUCAAAAUGUCGGAUUUAUCGUCCACGACGUCGACUAUGGAUACUCCUCCAAGCCCACCCGAUGAAUCGACGACGCUUCUUCCGAAGACGCCAUCAGAUGGGGAACAGUAUCAAUCCCCGCAAUAUCGGCAAUGGUUAUUAGAAAUUUGGCUCUUGACGAAGGCUUCGAUUCCAGUGAUACUGGCAUAUACACUCCAGAACAGUCUCCAGACCAUCUCUGUCCUAAUCGUCGGUCGUCUCUCUCCUGAAGCUUUGGCCACAGCAGCUUUCUGUUAUAUGUUUGCGAUGGCUACAGGCUGGUUGAUUGCUAUGGGAGGCACAACUGCGCUAGAUACCCUCGCCUCAACAAGCUUCACCGGUUCGCAAGACAAACAUGAUCUCGGGAUUCUUUUACAGCGAGGGAUCGUGGUGUUAACACUAUUUUACGCCGUGGUAGCCGUAAUAUGGGGGUUUUCCGAGCCCCUUUUCCGGGCGUUGGGACAAGAAGAGUUUAUUUGCAAAGAAGGCAGCAAGUUUCUUCGCAUUUUGAUCCCGGGCGGACUGGGAUAUGUGUGGUUUGAGUCUAUGAAGAAGUAUUUGCAAGCACAAGAAAUCUACCGACCUGGAACAUACGUCCUCCUGAUUACCUCGCCACUCAAUGCUCUUCUCAACUACCUCUUCAUUUAUAAGUUUGAAUUGGGCCUCUACGGCGCUCCUUUCGCGACGGGCAUUUCGUAUUGGAUUUCCUUCCUUCUUCUUGUCGCAUAUGCAACUUUUAUACGUGGACACGAAUGCUGGGGUGGUCUUGCUCCUCGACGUGCUAUCUCUAACCUAUGGCCAUUUGCACGCCUUGCGGUCCUCGGAGUUGUUCACGUAGGAACCGAAUGGUGGGCGUUUGAGAUCGUCGCCCUGGCUGCUGGUAGAUUAGGCACUAUCACUCUCGCGGCGCAGUCCGUCAUCAUGACGGCUGACCAGGUCAUCAAUACAAUUCCCUUCGGCCUGGGUGUCGCCGCCUCGGCCCGCAUUGGAAAUCUUCUUGGGGCUCAGAAACCUCGCGAGGCAGCGCGUGCCGCUCACUGCGCCGCCAUCUUAUCGAUGAUUCUCGGAACUGUUAUCCUGACUAUCUUGAUGAGCACCAAAGACGUAUUCGGUAGAAUCUUUAACGACGAUGACCGCGUCGUCCAACUUGUAUCGGAAGUCAUGCCGUACGUCGCGCUGUUCCAGAUCGCUGACGGACUGAACGGGAGUUGUGGUGGCGUAUUGAGAGGGAUGGGACGACAAUGGGUUGGUGCUCUUGUUAAUCUGAUUAGUUACUACGGCGGAGCACUUCCGGCGGGUAUAUACCUAGCCUUUAAUGGAUGGGGUUUGCAGGGACUGUGGAUUGGACAGUGUGUUGCUUUAUACCUAGUGGGGAUUUUAGAAUGGGUGAUAGUUGGGCUGAGCAAAUGGGACAUAGAGGUUCGCAGGGCGCUAGAUAGACUUGAUGAGGGCGACAUAGCGGACAACAAUGCCCAUGGGAUAGAAGAGAUUGAUGUUCACGCUGAGGUAUGAGCCGAACUAUGAAAGGGAUAAAAGCUAAGUUCCCGGUAUCGACCCAAACAACAUCUAAUCCAGACCCAAUUGAAGCC